CCAGAGGCCACGCCCCCGGCAGGACUCGCGACGCCCCUGGGGACUCACGGGGACCGUGCGACCCAGUGGCCCCGGGUGGCGCCAUGGACACCUUCAUCCGCCUGACCAACCAGACCCAGGGCCGGGAUCGGCUCUUCAGGGGAGGCCGGAGCUCCGUCGUCGGGCGCUGAACUUGAGCAGGAACUUUGCAAAGGUGCAUUUGCGGCCUGAAGCCUCACGCCCGGGCCCCUCACGCGCACAACGGCCUCCGGGCCUCGGCCGGACCGCGGGGUCCGCACCGGAGAGGAAGGCUUCGCAGGUCCGGUUCUUGCCACUAGGGAAAAAGCAAUUAAAAAAAAAUUUAAAGAGCCACUCAGUACACUUGCAUGUUGCUUAGAUAUUUGUUAGAGCCAAAGCCCGGCCAAGAGAAGGUGGUCGAGAAGCUCCAGAGUCUGGAGGCCAGUGUGAGCACUGGCCGCAAAUGGUUCAGACUCGGCAACGUGCUGCACGCACUGCAGGCCACACAGCAGAGCCUCCACGCCACGGAGGUGGUGCCCCGUCUGUGCCUGACCCUCGCCAACCUCAACCGCGUGCUCUACUUCAUCUGUGACACUGUGCUCUGGGCCCGGAGCGUGGGGCUGGUGGCGAGCGUGGACAAGGACCGCUGGCGUGGCUGGGCGGCCCGUCACUAUUACUAUUCCCUGCUGCUGAGCCUGGCCCGGGACGUGUAUGAGCUGGCCCUGCACAUGGAGCGGCUGGCCCGCCAGCGUGCACGGCGGGCACGGUUGCUCGCUCAGACGCCUGCGGGCCACAGCGUGGCCGAUGAGGAGGUCGUGUGGCUCCAGUCCUUCCUUCUGCUGCUCUUCCGCUCCCUGAAGGAGCAGCCACCCCUGCUGCUGGACGCUGUGAAGAAUGUGUGUGACCUUCUCAACCCACUGAACCAGCUGGGCAUCUACGAGUCCAAUCCGGGUGUUAUCGGACUCGGAGGCCUGGUGUCCUCGCUGGCCGGUCUCGCCGCAGUGCUUUACCCUCACCUGAAGCUGAAGAUCCGCUGAGGGUCGCCACAGAGCCCCAAGCCACCCUCUGCAGGGCACCCAGAGAGGACAGUUUUCAGACCUAUGGAGGUGACCGCCAGCUUGCACAUUUGGGGGGUCUCCAGUGUGCUGGGCUCUGGGUUGUGCCAGAGGAUCCUGAGAUUUGAGGGUGGGGAAGGCAAGUGAGAAGGUGCCAGUGGGGGCCAGGGGAGGCUCUGCCAGGCAGACGGGAGAGGGAAAGAGGCGCCAGAUCCUGGGAUCCCACCGACGUGAUUGAAAUGCUCUUGACACUAACCUUUGAAGUGGGGGAAGGAGAAAUGUGCCUGGACACUGGUGGUCAGUCCCCAAGCUAGAGGCGAAGGUACAAAGCAGCUAUCUGGGGGAAUUUGAAGAACGAGCUGCAAGCAGCUAGGUGAGGGCAAAGUCAUUUGUCCAGAACUUCCACUGAAUGAUGAAUGAUGACCAAUAAAUUUUCUAGACCAAG